CACAACACAGGUUUUGCGCAGCGCGCGCUCGGGUCGCAAAAGGAACGCGCUUUUGAACGCUUAACCAUGGGUGACCCUUUCAUCAACAGCAGCAGGACAUUCAAUCGAACCUUGCAAAGUCAAGUCACAUUUGGAAAUCUGGAGGACAUCGACGUGACCGCGGACAGGAGCCCAGUCUUGAGGAUCAUGAUCUCCGUUGUGUACAUCCUCGUGUGCGCAAUAGGCUUAAUUGGGAACUCGCUGGUGCUCCUCAUCAUGAGAGUGAAACACUGCAGGCAGAGCACCACCAUUAAUACUUUUGUUCUUAACUUAGCCGUCACAGACAUUCAAUUCGUCCUGACACUGCCUUUUUGGGCUGUGGACACCGCGCUGGAUUUCAGCUGGCCGUUUGGAGACGCCAUGUGCAAGAUCAUACUGUCCGUGACCGUGAUGAACAUGUACGCCAGCGUCUUUUUCCUCACCGCAAUGGGCAUCACUCGAUAUUUAUCCGUGGCUUCGGCCAGCAAAAACAGGAUCCGACCACCAGCAUCCGCCUCCGUCAAAUGGGUUUGCGCGUUCUUGUGGGUGCUCGCUACAGUCGCCACCGCGCCAACUUCUAUUUUCUCCACGGUCACCAAUGUGGUCGGAGAGAAGCUCUGUUUGCUGAAGUUUCCUGCGGGACAAUACUGGCUAGCUUUUUAUCACUUGCAAAAAAUCAUGGUCGCUUUUGUUCUGCCCAUGUCGAUCCUUUCCAUAUCCUAUUUGUUGCUUCUGAAAUUUGUGAGAAAGCGCAAUAUGAAAAACAUUCACUCCUGGCGCAGGAUCCAGGUCACCAAAUCCAUCACAGUGGUCAUUCUCUCGUUCUUCCUUUGCUGGAUGCCGAACCACGCUAUUACAUUUUGGGGUGUUCUGGUCAAGUUGAACGCGAUUCGAUGGGAUGAGGCUUAUUAUGUUGUCCAUACUUAUGUGUUUCCCGUCACUGUAUGCUUGGCUCAUACUAACAGCUGCUUAAAUCCUUUUAUAUAUUGUCUUACGAGAAGGGCAUUGAGGAAGAAACUGAAAAAUUGUUUGUCCAGUUUUGCACCAUGGUUAUUAAAGAGCUCUUUCCAGAAGUCCAACAGGCGUGCAUAAAUGGCACAACUGCAUGUAUAUACGUAAUUAUCACACGACAAUGCAUUGUUUUUUAUUUGCAGUAUUAAAUUGUGUACGCAUAUGUCGUCGGGUGC